GAAUAUGAGUGGACUCUACGGGCGUUCUUUGCGGAUGACCUAAGCGUCAACAUCCUCACUCCUUUGGGCCGUCAACGCCUCGGGAUGCCCCCGGCUCGCGAGGGCUCUGAGAAGGAAAUCCAAAUUAUGAAGGGAAAAGUUACAACAGUUCGCCAAUGCAUAACAUUGCGUAUUUGGCUUCGGAGCUCGAAAAUAAGCGAAGAGGAAGACUUCUAUCUUCUGGAAGAUCUGGACGCUGGGAUCCCAACUGGUGCGCACGCCAUCUUAAGGCGGAGUAGCUCCAUUAAUGCGGAGAUGAAUCCUGAUAAGCAUCCAUCGCUGUCCCCUAUUUUUGGGUCACUGAAAACUAAGGUGGAUAAGGAAAAGGAAGAUAAAAGGCACGCAGAGGGCGGGUCAAAGGCUUUAGAGGCGGAGAACAGGAGACGUGAAAUUGCGUCUGCGCUACGUCAGCCUGCGAGGGAGAGCAGGGGAAGCCAAGAUCCAGGAGCUCGGCGGUGA